AUGGUUUUCAAAAGAAUAAAUCUUCAAAGUUGUUUAAAUUAUUUCUGUAAUUUUACUGUGAUAGAUUUACCUUAUAAGAAAAUAACUAUUAACGGUGAAAUUUAUUAUAUUGUAUCAUAUGAAGAUCAUAAUGGAAGGAAAGUGAAAUUUAAAGUAAGUAUUAAAGAGAUAAUUUGUGAUUUUAUUGGAUUCAAAUACAAUGAAAAUAAUGUAAUUGUAAAUAAAACUGAUACAUCAUUAUUAUCUAAAGAAAUUAAAUAUAAAAUUUAUGAUGAUAUAAUUAGAAGUGAUCAGGUACUUAUUGAAAAAUAUAAAAGAUUUAUGAAGUUUUAUUUGCUAAAUAUUAAUUCAAAUAACAAUUUAAAUAUUUUAUAUAAUGAAUUUCAUUUUGGUAAACCAAAAGAGUCUGAUAAUGAACAUUUAAAAAAUGAAUUUAUUGAAUUGGUUAUUUUAAGUAAUUCAUUUGAUGGAAUGUCUAAGUACUUUAGAAAUAUGAUGAAAGAAAGUAUUGAUAGUUUUGGAAUUUCAAAUUUUAUUGUGAUAUUUAUUGGAUUUAUUCAUGGUUUUAUUUUAAUAGGGUUAUUCGUUUUUAAAUUUAUACUUUAUAGAUUUUAUAAAUCUUUUAAUAGAAUUGUUGAAAGUAUGCAAUACACAAACCAUUUUCACAGUACUUUUAAAAUGAAUGAGAAUAAAAAAUCGAAUGAUUCAAAAACUUUGUUGAAUGAAAAUAAUAAAAAAUUAAAAACGAAUUCGACUAUAACUAAUAAAGAAUAUAAAUUAAAAGGCUAUGAUUUUGUUAAUGAAUUAAAAAUUAUUAGUUAA